CUAAUAAAGUUUUGCAUAACGUGUAUUUGGAAAGUAUUCCUAACUAUAGUUUCAUGAUGGAUUCAGAAUUUCAGAUCCUUUCUACCAUCUGCAUGGUUGUAGUCUGUGAAAAGUAUUUCUGAACAUCAGGUUUUCCAAUUCAUAACAAAAUUAUCGAAAGACUUAUUUUCAGUAGACAUUAUACAAUGAAUUCAACUUGGUGAAGUCAUUACUUUGACCUGGUACUUAUUCAAGUAACUAGACAAGUUCCACUAAGAACUGAUGCUGUUAAUAUAGAUUCAUCAUAAUUUUACCCAUUAUUUCUUACACAUUUUCCUUUUAUUUUUAUCCUGUUGGAUUUCACUGGAGUUAAAAUUAUACUUGUCAACUCAGUCAAGUUGGCUGAUAUAUGCAAAUCUGUAUUCUUAAUAUUUACAGUACUUGAUGUAAGAAAACUGAAUAUGCUGUGCCCUAUGAUUUAUCAGGUGGAAACGAAGAAAUGAAAUUUGAGCUAAAAACGGUUUCUAUUGUCAUGCUUAAUGUAUUUUCAGUACACUUCUUGUGAUAAAUCAGAUCUGGAGUAGAACUAGCAUGAAAUCAACAUGAGUCAGUGAGAUGUAAAUUGGGUGAAGGUGAAUAACUUGAAACCUCUUGUUCUAUAUAUGACACUUCAACAAGGAUUAUUAUCCCUAGAGAUAUUAAAAUUUAUAGACAGGAUUAAACUAAUAGAAGAGAACAGUGUAGACAUGAAGGUUGGUGCAGGGAAGAUAGUAGCAUUGUUCAUGUUCAUGGUGGCCAUGGGAAGCAUGGUGGAGCAUGGAAUGGGCCAGGGAUGUGGUAGCACUUUCUUCUCAUCUCUGGUUCAGCUGAUGCCUUGUAGGCCUGCUGUUACCCCAUUCAGUCCCCUCCCACCUAGUGAUGCCUGCUGCAAUGCUGUCAAGAUGCUUGGACAGUCAUGCCUGUGUGUGAUUGUAAAUGGCCCACCAAUUUCUGGUGUCGACCGCAACAUGGCCAUGCAGCUCCCAGCGAAAUGUGCUGCCAACUUUGAAGCAUGCGAUCUUCGGGUAUAGCUGGUGUGGGUGCCAACUCUGGUUCUUAAUAAAGUGCAUAGAGAGCUAUAGGAGAUCUAUGUAUUAAGAUACUAUGGCUUACCAUAAUAAAAAUAUAUCUGGAUGGUUCUGAAUUAUAUAUUAGCUUGUUUCUGUUACCUAGUAUUUCUAUAUACCCUCCCUUCUGCUAAAUGUUUCUGGAUCCAUUUUCAUAUUCAAGUUGUUUUGGCAUCAAUUAGUCACUUUUUCACAGAAUCUCAUCAUUCAAGCAAUAAAGAGAAUCAGUGGCUUUCACAUUGCA